AUGGAGCAAAAAGAUAAAGAGAGACAAAUGCAUUUUGACCUUGAAAUUAGGAAAAUAGAAGCCGACAAGGAGGUGAGGAUCCGACAACUGGAGAUAGAAGCUGGCUCCAGUACGACUCCAAAAGCUGCUCAGCAUCAAGCCCACUUUGAUGUCUCAAGUCCGUAUCAUCCAGAGAGUCAAGGGGCUCUCGAACGCUGGCAUCAGACGCUGAAGGCAAUGCUACGCAAGUAUUGUAUGGAUACCAGUACCGAUUGGGAUGAGGGGGUGCCCUUUGUCCUAUUUGCUAUUAGGGAAACGAUACAAGAGUCCUUAGGGUUCAGCCCUGCUGACCUUGUGUUUGGACAUACACCAAGGGGUCCGCUGAAAGUGUUGAAGGAGCAUAUCUUAUCUCCUACACCCAGUAGCGCCCCUAAAAAUGUGUUGGAUUAUGUCAGUAAGAUGCGGGAGAGACUGCACGCCGCAUGUGCGUUGGCCCAAAAGUCUCUUUCCUCUUCGCAAAAACGCAUGAAGGUGCAUUAUGACAAAAAGGCUGUUGGCCGUUCUUUUGCACCAGGGGAUCAAGUUUUAGUUUUGUUGCCAAUUCCUGGCUCAUCUCUGUCAGCACGUUUUUCUGGACCAUAUCUGGUGGAAAAGAAACUCAGUGACACAAACUAUGUGAUAAAGACCCCAGAUCGAAGGCGUUCUUCCCGUGUGUGUCAUGUUAACAUGCUAAAAGAAUAUUAUGUACGUGACUCUCCAGACAGCUCCUCAAGUAAGCCGGUCCAGCCCGCCGUCUCCAGUGUGGCUGCGGUGGUGCUGAAGCCUGGCUGGGACCUAGAGGAGGAUAAGGAGGAUGGGUUGGAGUUACGCCAUACGUUACAGCAGUGUGAACGCCUAUGUAAUUCAGAGAUGCUGAAGAAGUUACCCUCUCAAAUGGAACAUUUGGAUAGCGAUCAAACUAAGGACCUUAUCCUAUUGAUAAACAGUUUUCUCAGUGUGUUUCAGGACGUUCCAAGUCGCACGUCCAUCUUGGAACAUGACGUGGAUGUGGGCAACGCUGCUCCUAUACGUCAGCAUCCGUACCGGGUUAAUACAAAGAAAAGGGAGUAUAGCUGUGGUCAAUGUGGGAAGAGUUUUGCUAAAUCCAGCCAUCUGACUCAACACCAGAGAACACACACAGGAGAGAAACCUUAUAGCUGUGGUCAAUGUGGGAAGAGUUUUGCUAAAUCCAGCCAUCUGACUCAACACCAGAGAACACACACAGGAGAGAAACCUUGUAGCUGUGGUCAAUGUGGGAAGAGUUUUUCUUCUUCUGGCUAUCUAACUAUACACCAGAGAACACACACAGGAGAGAAACCUUAUAGCUGUGGUCAAUGUGGGAAGAGUUUUAGUCAAUCUGGAGAUCUGACAGUGCACCAGAGAAUACAUACAGGAGAGAAACCAUUUAGCUGUAAUCAAUGUGGGAAGAGUUUUAGUCAAUCUGGCCAUCUGACAGUGCACCAGAGAAUACACACAGGAGAGAAAUCUUAUAGCUGUGGUCAAUGUGGGAAGAGUUUUAGUCAAUCUAGCUCUCUGACAGUGCACCAGAGAAUACACACAGGAGAGAAAUCGUUUAGCUGUGAUCAAUGUGGGAAGAGUUUUUCUAAAUCCAGCCAUCUGACUCAACACCAGAGAACACACACAGGAGAGAAACCUUAUAGCUGUGGUCAAUGUGGGAAGAGUUUUGCUAAAUCCAUCCAGCUGAUUGUACACCAGAGAACACACACAGGAGAGAAACCUUAUAGCUGUGGUCAAUGCGGGAAGAGUUUUUCUUCUUCUGGCUAUCUAACUACACACCAGAGAACACACACAGGAGAGAAAUCUUAUAGCUGUGGUCAAUGUUGGAAGAGUUUUAGUCAAUCUGGAGAUCUGACAGUGCACCAGAGAAUACAUACAGGAGAGAAACCAUUUAGCUGUAAUCAAUGUGGGAAGAGUUUUAGUCAAUCUGGCCAUCUGACAGUGCACCAGAGAAUACACACAGGCGAGAAAUCUUAUAGCUGUGGUCAAUGCGGGAAGAGUUUUAGUCAAUCUAGCUCUCUGACAGUGCACCAGAGAAUACACAUAGGAGAGAAACCGUAUAGCUGUGAUCAAUGUGGGAAGAGUUUUUCUACUUCUAGCUAUCUAACUAUACACCAUAGAACACACACAGGA